CAGUCGCCCCCCCCGGGUGAGAGAGGCCCCCCAGGACCCCCCCUCGGCCCCCCCCUCACCCUCGUGUCCCCAGAGGCCGGGGACCCCCCGGAGCAGCCACAGGACCCCGAGGGCUGCCAGGAGCCGGGUGACAGCGGGGACGAGGCCGAGGCCGCCGGGGACCCCGACGUCACCGAGCUGGGGGUCACCUACAAGCAGGUGUACCCCGAGGUGCCGCUGCAGCUCUUCCCCGCGCCCCCCCCUGGGGGUCCUGGCUCUGCCCCACCCCGCCCUCGCCCGCACCCAAUCGUCCCCCGCCAGCGUCAAACCCCCCCAGCCCGAGGGGACCCCCAAGCACCUCUUCACCACAGGCGUGGUGUACGACACGUUCAUGCUGAAGCACCAGUGCACCUGCGGGAACACCACCAUCCACCCCGAGCACGCCGGGCGCAUCCAGAGCAUCUGGUCCCGGCUGCAGGAGACCGGGCUGCUCGGGAAGUGUGAGCGGAUCCGGGGCAGGAAGGCGACGCUGGAGGAGAUCCAGACGGUGCACUCGGAGCACCACGCGCUGCUCUACGGCACCAGCCCCCUGAACCGCCAGAAGCUGGACAGCAAAAAGCUGCUGGGUCCCAUCACUCCCAAGACGUACGCGGUGCUGCCGUGCGGGGGCAUCGGGGUGGACAGUGACACGGUGUGGAACGAGCUGCACUCGUCCAGCGCCGUGCGCACGGCCGUGGGCUGCCUGCUCGAGCUGGCCUUCAAGGUGGCCGCGGGGGAGGUCAAGAACGGCUUCGCUGUCAUCCGCCCCCCAGGCCACCACGCCGAGGAGUCCACGGCCAUGGGCUUCUGCUUCUUCAACUCGGUGGCCAUCUCGGCCAAGCUGCUGCAGCAGCGGCUCAGCGUGGGCAGGAUCCUCAUCGUGGACUGGGACAUCCACCACGGGAAUGGCACCCAGCAGGCCUUUUACAGCGACCCCCACGUGCUCUACAUCUCCCUGCACCGCUACGACGACGGCAACUUCUUCCCGGGCAGCGGCGCCCCCGAGGAGGUGGGCAGCGGGCUGGGCGUGGGCUACAACAUCAACAUCGCCUGGACGGGCGGCGUGGACCCCCCGAUCGGGGACGUGGAGUACCUGACAGCCUUCAGGACCGUGGUGAUGCCCAUCGCCAACGAGUUCUCCCCGGACCUGGUGCUGGUCUCCGCCGGCUUCGACGCCGUCGAGGGCCACCUGUCCCCGCUCGGGGGCUACUCCGUCACCGCCAAGUGUUUCGGGCACCUGACGAAGCAGCUGAUGAUGCUGGCGGGGGGCCGGGUGGUGCUGGCGCUGGAGGGGGGGCACGACCUGACGGCCAUCUGCGACGCCUCCGAGGCCUGUGUCACCGCGCUGCUCGGCCUCGAGCUGGAGCCCCUGGACCCGGCCCUGCUGCAGCAGAAGCCCAACGUGAACGCGGUGGCCACGCUGGAGAAAGUCAUCGAGAUCCAGAGCCGGCACUGGAGCUGUGUCCGGCGCUUCGCCGCGGCCGUGGGCCGCUCCCUGCUGGAGGCGCAGCGCGGGGACACCGAGGAGGCCGAGACGGUGACGGCCAUGGCGCUGCUGUCGGUGGGCGCCGAGCAGGGGGGGACGGAGCCGCGGCACGGGCCCCCUGAGGAGCCGAUGGAGGCCGAGCCCACGCUCUGACCCGCCCAGAUCAUCUGGAAAAAGCAAGGAACACCCGGAAGAGAUGGAAAAACCACACACACAAACACACACACACGCAAAAAAAUCACAGUAAAAGGAAAAAAAAAACAAAAAAAACCCUAAAACAUGCCAAAA